CGCAGUGGCCAGUCUGGGCGGAGGUGUUCGCGCGAGGAGAGCGUGCUCCCGGCGUCUGAUAUGGCGGCAGCCGCGGCGACUGCAGCGACGAAAGGGAAUGGGGGCGGCGGGGCCCGGGCCGGGGCCGGCGAAGCCAGCGGCUCGCGAAAGAAAAAGGGCCCGGGGCCUCUGGCCACGGCGUACCUGGUCAUCUACAAUGUGGUGAUGACCGCGGGGUGGCUCGUUAUAGCUGUUGGUCUGGUCAGAGCAUACCUGGCUAAGGGUAGCUAUCAUAGCCUUUAUUAUUCCAUUGAAAAGCCUUUGAAAUUCUUCCAAACUGGAGCCUUAUUGGAGAUUUUACAUUGUGCAGUAGGAAUUGUUCCAUCUUCUGUUGUCCUGACUUCUUUCCAGGUGAUGUCAAGAGUUUUUUUAAUAUGGGCAGUGACACAUAGCGUCAAAGAGGUACAGAGUGAAGACAGUGUCCUCCUGUUUGUUAUUGCCUGGACAAUCACGGAAAUUAUCCGUUACUCCUUUUAUACAUUCAGUCUAUUAAACCAUCUGCCGUACCUCAUCAAAUGGGCCAGGUACACGCUUUUCAUUGUGCUGUACCCAAUGGGAGUGUCAGGAGAAUUGCUCACAAUAUAUGCCGCUUUGCCCUUUGUCAGACAGUCUGGCCUAUACUCCAUCAGUUUACCUAACAAAUACAAUUUCUCUUUUGACUAUUACGCGUUCCUAAUUCUGAUAAUGAUCUCCUACAUUCCAAUUUUUCCCCAGUUAUACUUCCACAUGAUACACCAGAGAAGAAAGGUCCUUUCUCAUACUGAAGAACACAAGAAAUUUGAAUAAUUCCUGCUUCCUGCACACCCCCAGAAACAAACUUUCCAAUGACAAAAGAUGCUGCAGACUUUUUCUGUUCCCAGUACGUUUCAUAGAAAAUAAGUAAGAACUUUUUUUAAAAUACUAAAAAAAAACCAAAACAAAACAAAAACCAAAAUCCAGUGUCACGUGGGCCUGGGAUUUUAUAAAAAACAAAACAAAAGCUGUUACAUAAAACAUCCUUGCUGGUCCAUCUCAGCAUGUUCUUUCCACCAGAAGUUCCCAGUACUUAUGAUGGCGCUGGAAAGGGAUUUGGCGUUUUUUAUCCUCCUGUUUCCUUCAUGUGUCUGAUAAAUAAAGAUCUGUAAUACUAAAUACUUGAGCGUUACAGUCUGAGUAAUGAAGUUGUGCCCGCUCAGUGCCCAGCUUGCAGCAGCUAUCUUGCAGUCUGUAGUGUGUUUAGCAUUCCCUCUCAAAGUGCUUGACUGCAUGCUGGAAGCCAUUUGUCCUCUGGAAUGCUCUGAAGUUAUGGCUGGGACCUUCCCGCCUAUCUAGUGAAUGACUUAUACAAUGUAUAUAUGUCUGUGAAACUUUGGAGUAGUGCCUAUAAUCAGAAAACAGCUAGAACCCUUUUGUUUGUUUUCAGUCGAGUCAUUACUGCCUGCCACUACGAAGUGUGCCUGAAUUUAAUAAGUAUGUGUAUAUUGUAGAGAAGCUACUUUAUCUGGGGCUCAGCCUCAAUCAUAUUUUAACAAAAUGACAGUUCUCAGAAAGGGAAAGCUCAGUCACUAGUCAGCGACAAGUACCUUUCACAGUACCAUUCUCAGAACACCCUUGAGCAAGGUGUUUGCCAAGAGCAAUUCUUACUUAGGGACCUGACGCCAG